AUGUUUAUUUAAUAAAUAUUGUCUUAUUGUGGAGAAAUUAAAACAAAAAUGUUUUUUGCUUUUAUGAUCUAAGUUGUAUUUUGCUGCCAAAUUUAUGAAAAAGAGAGAAACCUCUUUCCAACAGAACAAGAAUAUUACAAUGUGUUUAUGAAUGAAUUAUUUAAAGGAGAAGACUUGAUUUUUGAAUGCAAGAAUUGUCCAGAAAAUGUCACCUUAUGGAAUGCAAUGAACCUUAUAGGAAAACCAUAUCAUACAAGUAAAAAUAAUAAUAACUAUAGGAUAUAUAUUUAGAUCAAUAGCAAAUAAUAAAUCUCAUUUUGUAGCACUUUCUGAUAAUAAUACUAUAAAUAUUUAUAAUUGGGAAGAUUAAUCUCUUAAAAUUGUGUAAAUAAUACAUAUAGAUUCAGAUUUAAAUUGUUUAAACAUAAUAUUUACAUUAAAUGAUGAAUUUUUUAUAGAUUGUUAUAUCAAUAAUAUAUUAUAGAUGUAUAACUUAGAAGGUUCGAAAUUAAAACUUGUUUAUUAGAGUAACUUACCUUUACCAUUAAAAACUAAUAGUUAUUCUUUUACAUCUUAUUCAAUUAAUUAUAUAAUUUAUGCAUAGUAUUAUGAAGAAUAUUAAAUCUUAACACUUUUAAAAUAGUAUAAUAAAACUGAAGAUCAAUCAUUUAUUAAUGUGACAACAUGGAUAUCAACGUUUUAAGAUGUUGAAAUUUCAAUUAAGGGAAUUGAAGUUAAUACAUUUUAUGUUUUGAAUAAUCCUGUGAUCUUAUUGCUCUAAAUUACAGAGGAUGAGAAAUUCUCAGUAUGGAACUUUUUUAUUAUAAAUCCUCCAUCUUAUUAAAUGACCAUAUUUUAAUCAAUAAAUAAAUAUUCUGAAUGUGAUUAAUUAUUUUUAAAGAGUGAUUUUUCUAUUUAUUCCCUUUUAGUUUGUGAGGAUUAACUUGAUUAAGAAUUAUAUUAAUAAAGUUUGAUGUAUUACAAUAUAGUAGAAAAUGCAGAAAUUAUAUAAUUUUAUGUAAAUGACUUAUUUCUAAUUUUAUAAACAAAUAAUUCAUUAAUGAUAAUCUCAUUAGAAACAAAGACAUUAUUAAGAUAAACUAGUAAGGAAUAGAUUUAAAAUUUUACAAAUAGUUAAAUAUAUUUCAAUUAAUAAAACAAUUAAUUAUUCAUAUUUAAUCAAUAUACUUUUGUCUAUUAAAUAGAAAUACCUAGAUUAAGUGGAUAUUAUUCGAUUAUUGAUUCCAAAAAAAAAAAGGAUGAAAUUUAUAUAUUUGCCAUUAAUAACUUUGGAAUUAAUAUUUGUUAUGUAAAAUUACAAAUUAAAACAUUAAAUUUGAAUGAUUAAGGUAUUUAUUAAUUAUAUGAGAAUUAAAUUCAAAAUUAUUACACAUUAUAAUAGAAAAAAUUUGUAUAAUAAAUCAAAAAUAUUAAUGGACCUUUGCUUGAAAUUUAAAAUAACUAAAAUAAUUAGAGUUUAGGAACUUUCAAAAAUAUUACAUUCUCUAAAAUUUAUGAUUUUAAUUAAGAAUUUUAGAAGAUGUAAAUAAUUAACAUUCAAACUACAUAUAUGGUGGGUAUAUAGAAUAAAUCUAUGACAAUGUAUUCAUUUUAAUUGGGUGGUUUAAUAUUUUCUAAUUCUACAAUAGAUUUAGAUAUUGAAAACUAUCAUAUAUUGAGAGAUUUACAAUUAGCAUAUUAAUUUUAAGGAUAAUAAGUUGUACUUAUUAUUGGUAUUAAUUUUGACUAAAAUUUAUUACUUUUUUACUUUGCUACAUAAUAAGUGGAUAAUGUCACUAUUUUAUCAAAUACAACUGUCUAAACUCUACAUUUCAAUCAAUUUUUAUUAACUUUUAAUUGUUAUAUUUUAAUGCUUGAUAAUUCAAUCCUAUUAUAUUCAUUUGAUAAUGUUAAAUAAUUUAAAGUAGAUUAAUAGACAAUACAAAAUUAUCUAGGAGUAUAUGUUGAUUUUAAUCCUUCUGGUAUGACUCUUAAUCAAUAACAUUAAUCUUCAGUUGUAUUUGUUAUUAAUUAAUAUAAUUUCAUAAUAUUUGUAAUAGAUUUUACUCUUAAAAUGAUACCAUAUGGCAUUUAUUAUGUGGAUUAUAUAAUUUAAUAAAUUAAUAUAGUAAAUUAGAAAUUAAUAUUAUCUUAUAAAUGUAAUCAAGGAUUUUGUUUUGAUGUUUGGAAUAUCUAGAAUUUAAUUAAACCAUUCUAUGAAAAAUAAUUAAUGAGUGUAUCUUAAUAGAAAGACAUUAAUUUUUAUUCUGAUAAUUUAUUUUAUUAUGUUCAAAUAGAUAAAAAUUAAACUUUAGUCUAUAAUCCAAUGAUGUCAUAUCAUCAAUCCUUAUUUACAUCUAUAUAAUUUAAUGGAUCCUAUUUUUCUAGUACAGCAGUAGAUGGCUUAUCAGUUUUAGCUUUUGGUAAUGUACUCUAUUCACUUUUACCAUUUUUCACAUUUGAAUUCGUUAGAAAUGAUGAUUACUAAACUUUUGAAUAUCUUCCUAAUACUAUCUAUAAUUUUACAAUUAGAUCCAAAUUAAAUGGAGAUAAUGCAUCAUACAUUACAAAUAAUUAGAGUCUUUCAAUUCUUAAUCCUUAAUUAAAUAUAUAUAUAUAAAAUAUUAGUAUAACUAUUAAAGAUGGAUCUGAUUUGAAAUAUAUUUAUACUUUUAAUAAUGUAUCAACAAUUGGUUAAAUUUUAUAUUAUGAAUUAUAACCUGAAGAUGAUAAACAUCAAAUAUGUAUAAAGAAUAUAUAAAGUCCUGUUCAAUUAUAAAAUUCAAUUUAGAAUAAUUAAUAAUUUAAUAUUGUAACUGCAGUUAAUAAUUUAUUUGUACUCCAAAAUUAUGAAUAACUUAUGGUUUUUAAUACAAAUGUUGUAUUAUUUUUAAAUUAAACUCAAAGCUGCUUUUAAUCUUAUGCUAACAAUGAUACACUCUAUUCAUUUUGUUAAAAUUCAACUAAUUAUUACAUAAUAAGCUUUUAAAUUAGUAAUAGUUCUAUUAUUCAAAAUGAUUAAAUUCUAUAUUUACCUUCUGAAGAAAUGUAUUUGUCAGAAAGUCCUUUUUUAAUUAUUUCUGAUGGGAUCAUUUUCUUAACAACUGACUUAUAAUUAUGCUAUUAUAAUUUUUAAUCAUAAUAAACUGUCAAUAUAACAUAAUGUAAUACAGUCGGCUUUUAAUCGAUAGUAAUUAAAAAUGCUUAGCAUUAUCAGUUGAUAGUGGUAUUUUAUCUUUGUUAAGAUAAUUAAAAUACUUUAAAUUAUAUUAUUGGCAAUUACAGUAAGAUUAACUCAAUAAUUGAAUUUUAGAACAAAUUCAGUACCCUCGAUAUUUUGAAUUUAUAUUUCAAAAAUAUCAAUAAUUUGUAUAUUUAAUAUUUCUUAAUUAUCAAAGUAGAAUUCAAAGAAAUAAUAAUGUCAAUAACUACUAAUGAAUAAUUAGGUUUUCUUAUCUUAUUAAAUAUCAAUUAUGGUAUCCAUGAUAAAUCAAAGAUUGAAAUCAAAUUUUAAGAUAUAAUUUCUACUAUUGCUCCUUAUAAUUCAGCAGAUUUUUAAAUGGUAUCUUCCCCAAAAGUUUAAGGAUCAACUUUGGUCAUUGCUUUUACAAAUAGAAAGGUUGAAAAUGAAAUUUUAUUGUUAGUUUAUGAUUUAACAGAUAUAUCAUAAUAUAGUAGAUCAACUCCAAUUAGAGUAUAAGGAGGAUACACAAUUCCAUAAAUACAAAGUGAUUUCUUAGUGUCUUAUUAAUUAUUUACUGAAAAUAGGAGUAAAGGUAAUAUCUUGGUUCUAACUUCAUCCUAUAUUUAUUAUCUUAAUUUUAGUACUUUUACUUUUUUUUUGGAUAUGCCAUUAUACUCUAAUGAUAAAAAUAUUACAUUUCGAUUAACAGGAGGAAAUACAUAUUUUACUACAAUAUCUUUAAUUGAAUUCUAGUAUGAAACAUAAAAAGGUUGGUUCUAUGGUUUAAGUACAAUUAUUGCUUCAAUUUUGAUUAUUUCAUUAAUAUAUUGUUGGUAAAGAAGAAAAGCACAAACUGAUUUUGAUUUAAAUAAUGAUGAAUGGAUAGAUUUUUGA